AUGGCCGCUGAGUUGCCGCGAAAGGCGGAGGAGGCCCACCAGGCGCGCAGCGCGACGAUGGCCGCUGAGUUGCCGCGAAAGGCGGAGGAGGCCCACCAGGCGCGCAGCGCGACGAUGGCCGCUGAGUUGCCGCGAAAGGCGGAGGAGGCCCACCAGGCGCGCAGCGCGACGAUGGCCGCUGUGUUGCCGCGAAAGGCGGAGGAGGCCCACCAGGCAGAGGCGCGCAGCGCGACGAUGGCCGCUGAGUUGCCGCAAAAGGCGGAGGAGGCCCACCAGGACUCGGAGGCUGAGCUCGUCGAGGAGUCCUCAGUGCAGCAUGUCGGCACUUUGGCUGACAGCGUUCGGUCCAGUUCCCAUUCAGAUGAGGCCACGCCAAAGCCUGGCUGCAAUGCAGCACUCCCAUCGAAGACCGGGGGCUUCGAGAAUGACGCAAGAGAAGAAGAGGGGGACAUUCCCGAGCUGCUGGGAGACGUCACACCAGCAUCACCCGGCCGCGCAUCCGCCAAACUCCCGUCCGAGCAUGGCUCGAGCGGAAGAAGCGGAAGAAGCGAGAGAAGUGCGAGAAGUGCGAGAAGUGCGAGGAGUGGACAAAGUGUGAGAAGCGCACAAAGCGCGGAGGUGAAAGAGGAUGACGUCAGACAGGCCAAGGUCAGCGCUCGUUCAUCAGAGGCUCAGGCUCCAAGCGUGAUUCAGGCCUCGUCCGGCUUUGGGUCCCCCAGCCCCACGGCCACGCCUCGCGAGUGCCUCGCGGACAGGUUCCAGGCAGAGAUCGAAGCACGCAUGCAGGCAAAGCGAGCUGGCUCUGGCCAAAACUUGGCACCUGUUCAUAUGGAGGAGGAAGAAGAGCAAGCAGAGGAGGAUGAGGAGGAAGAGGAAGGAAUGCUGGAAGUUCCAGAGGACUCGGACGCUCAUGAAAGCUUCCAGGGCAGUGAAGACUCCGGAUGGUGA